AUGGACAACAGUGAGAAAAAUACCGAGCCAGUGAUUAAUAAUAAUGUGGACGUUUUUGGUGAUUGUGAUUCGAAUCGGUUGGAGAAAAAUACUCACACGCCUUCAAGUGAAUCAUCGGAUUCGAAUUCAAGUUCGAGCGAGGAAGAUGAACCGCCGCCAAAGCGACGACGUCAUAGUCGGUCUUCCGAUUCAUGUCAAGAAAUCGAUCGCAGUGCUGGGCUGGGUGCGGUGCGAGACGUGCCGCGAGCUGGUCGUGGGGCAGUUCUAGUGCCGUGGUGGCGCGCCUGGAUGGCGCACGCCACCGCCCCGCCGCACGCGCCGCUCGACGACGAUAGAGACUGCCUCGGUGGUGUAGUGGCUAGCACUUACGACUGCACAUCUGGAGGUCCUAGAUUCGAGUUCUGGGUCAGGCUAAGUUUAGGUAUUGAGUCUUUCUGU